AAGAGUUUAGCGCUUUAGCAACUAGCACACACACUUGCUGCUUUAUUGUGGACCGCUUAAGUCGCACGAUGAUGACGUCAAUGCAGUGCUCUUCUCAUGGCUGGGAGAACAUUCUGGAAUUUUAUGUCUUCGCUCGACUUUUUGGCUGUUUAACUUGUUCCGUUUAUUAAGGUUAUCAUCUCAAGGCAAACAUGGUGAAGGAAACCGGUUUCUAUGACAUUUUGGGUGUGAAACCUAAUGCUAGUCCUGAUGAACUCAAAAGGGCUUAUCGCAAACUUGCUCUAAAAUAUCAUCCUGACAAAAAUCCAACAGAAGGAGAGAAGUUCAAGCAGAUAUCACAGGCAUACGAAGUGUUGUCCGAUGCUAAGAAAAGAGACAUUUAUGACCGUGGAGGAGAAAAGGCCAUAAAAGAAGGAGGUCCAGGUGGUGGCGGAGGAAACUUUGCAUCCCCAAUGGACAUAUUUGACUUGUUUUUUGGAGGUGGGAGCCGGAUGCACAGAGAGAGGAAAGGGAAGAACAUUGUGCACCAGAUUUCAGUGACAUUGGAAGAUCUUUACAAUGGAGCUACAAGGAAAUUGUCUGUUCAGAAGAAUGCCAUUUGUGAGAGAUGUGAAGGUCGUGGCAGUCGUAAAGGGGCAGCCCAAAUGUGCAUGACGUGCCAUGGUACGGGCAUGCAGGUGCGCGUGCACCAACUCUUGCCAGGUAUGGUCCAGCAGGUGUCCACGGUGUGUCACAGCUGUCAAGGCCAGGGACAGCGAAUCAGCCAAAAGGACCGCUGCAAAGCCUGUGCAGGUCGGAAGAUCCUGCGACAGAAGAAGAUCUUGGAGGUCCACAUCGACAAGGGGAUGAGAGAUGGGCAGAAGAUAAUGUUCCAUGGAGAGGGAGACCAGGAGCCUGGACUUGAGCCAGGUGACAUCAUCAUUGUUCUGGACCAACAGGAGCAUCCACGUUUCAUCAGGAGAGGAGAGGAUUUGACCAUGUCGAUGGAGUUACAGCUAGUAGAAGCUUUGUGUGGUUUUCAGAAGCCCGUUGUGACACUUGACAACCGCACCCUCCUCAUCACCUCCCACCCUGGGGAACUGAUCAAACCCGGAGACACAAAGUGCGUCUGCAAUGAGGGGAUGCCAAUGCAUCGCCGCCCCUUUGAGAAAGGCCGACUCAUUAUUCACUUUACUGUGGUGUUUCCAAAAGCCAACUUCCUCCCAAAGAACAAACUGAAGGAGCUGGAGCGCUACCUCCCAGUCAAGGUGGAUGCCGGGCAGCCGGAGAGCAUGGACGAUGACCUCUACAUCUACGCUGACCUGGAGGACUGUGACCUGGAGAACAGGAAGCGACACAGGCAUCAGCACUACUACAUGGAUGAAGAUGACUAUGCCAGCACUGGAGGUGUUCAGUGUCAGACAUCUUAAACAUUAACAUUAAUGUUCCAAAAGCCCAAACCUUCAUCUUCUAAACGUAAGCGCCUUUUUGGGAAGAAUCUCAUGCACUUUUUUUUUUUUGUCUUACAUUUCCCAAUUGUCAAGCUGAAUGACAAAACUGUCCAUUUUUUGAUUGAGCGCUGAUGGACUUUUUGUUGUUACUGCAGUGACACUGUGACAAAGACAAGGACUAACAAAUCUUAUGUGUCUGAAUAAGGCUGCUUCAGGCAGUAGCAUUCAAAUGUAAUGCCAAUAUGAGUAUAAAAUAACCCUUUUUUAGUAUUACUAAAUCGCUCGUCGUCGUAAACCUCUCGUGUGUUAAAUACAUCACUUGUAUGUGUGGGUGGGUGUGUGUGUGUUAACUUGAAGUGUCCAUGCUGACUUAAUUUCAUGCCAUUUUAUGCUAUUUUACCCUAUAAAAGGGCUAUUUUCUAAAUAUUUAAUAAUUUUAAAACAGUGAUCUACAAAGCUAGGCUCUGGUACUUUGUUUUUAAAUAAUACAAAUUUAUAAGAGUGUCAGUUUUGGUUAACAUGCAAUGUGAAUUGCUGUCACUGUGUUAAAAAAGAAAACCUGCUGUUCCAGCAGACUAUAAGGUGUAGAGACACCUCAGACAUUAUAGCAACCUUUAAAACAGUAGCAUGUUAUUGACAUUAGGGACCAACAUCUGGAUUUUAAUCAAAGGAGAGUGAAAGAUGUGUUCAAUUGUCAUGUAAACUGACUUGUUGUAACUGCCAAGAUGGUAGGUGAGGGCUGCUGUGUGUGCAGCUCAUACCUCAAUAAAGUGAUUGUUUUAAGACA